AGUACCCUGGAACGCCUCAUCUUUCACCUUGUGAGUGUUCUGCUAAGAUUUGGAUUAAUAACACUUGAGAUCAUCCAGAGCCUCCUCCCCUGGGUGAAUUCCCCAAUGGAAAACUUCCGAGUCACCGGCACAGCUUUCCUUGCCCAGCUAAUGAGUGAUCCCAUGCUCAGGGAGAAAAAGUUACUUAAGAGUGUCUUGCACAUCUUGGAAGAAAGGUCACAGGAUAGGAACAGCAUUGUCCGUCAGAUGGCUGUAAGAGGCCUGGGAAAUAUAGUCGAUGGGGCGCCUGUGAAGGUGAAAAAGUACAAGAAGUUUCUUCUGGACAUACUGAUGAGGGCCUUACAUGACACUUUCAGUGCUGAAGUGAUUGGUGAGAGCAUGAAAGCACUGGCCAAUGUCCUGAAGGAGCUGAAAGAGAAGGACAUCGGUUCUUCCUUCAAAGACCUCACCCAACAGAUCCGGACCUACUUUGACGAUGAGAACGAUGCUCUUCGCUCAGUGGCCUUUGUCCUAUUUGGCAUCCUGGCUCAGUUGACAAAGAAAAAACGGAAGGCCUAUUUCGCCGAGCAGGUUCGAAAGAGCUGGGUCACACUUCUGCUGCACCUGCAAGACCCAAGCCCCAAGGUUUCAAUGGAAUGCAGAGCUACGUUUCACCUCUGUUUCCCGUUUUUGGGACUGAAGAGACUCCAACAUGCGAUCAAUAGGCACCUUGGUGGCAGAGCCGAGCUGAAGCCUGAAGAGCUCCAGGUGGACAUUUGCAGACACCUUGCCAAAGAAAAUGCAGAGCUGCUGGAGAACUUGUACAGCACCACCAUCGCGUACUUCAGUAGCAGCUGGGACGGGAUCCGGGCAGUUGCCGCCAACUUAGCUGGCAUCAUCCUGGAACACACAGACACUCAGCGUAUGAAAUGGCUGGACCUGGCACAUCUGCUGAAGUCUCUCCAGGUCCUAGAGAAAGACCCAAGUCCCACUGUCCAGCUGGUGGCAACUGAGCUCAUAAGUGACAUCUGUCCUGGCCGAGCGCUUGGCGAAUGAAGCAGAACAGAGACCAACAGAACAAGGCGCUCCAGUGGUAUAAGGGCCCUAUCAUCAAUCAAAUGUUAACCUCACCCCUUGACCCCGGCAGCAAGAUGUGUCAUGUGACCCCUCUAAGAACUCCUCCCACUUUCCUCUACCAAUCAGGAUGGGUUUCGCCCCAAUAGGAAUGCCCCGAGAGAAGACUUGACCAAUCAGGGGGAGUUCCGGGGCAGGUGACCUGUACUUUGUGUGACCCCCUUUAAGAACUCCUCCCACCGCCAUCUACCGAUCAGGAUGGGUUUCAGCCACUGGGGAUCACUCUAAGAGGAGAUU